UGGCCUCGGAGAGGAAGGGUCUUCAGACAGGGGGGAAGCAGUGACACUGGGUGGGGGUGCUCUGAGAGGCCGGGGCGGACUGACAGAGGUCAGAGAAAGGGAUCCCGAUUUUGGAAGAGAUUUCCGCAGGGGCGGGAGCUCUCCUCGCGGCUCCUGGGGCUCCGGAGGGGCUGCCGGGGGUGUCAGCGGAAGGCAUGGGGUGGGGGGUGUCAGUCGAGGGCGCCGGGCGUAUGGCACUGGGUCGCGGCUGCUUGCACCUGACCCCCACCCACAGCGGCUGGCGCAAGUCUGGCCAAGAGGAAGAGAAGGUUGCAGGUUCGGACGCACUCCAGCAUCUGCUCUUCAUUCUACACUGACGUCCAUUACCAGCUUUCUUGGAACCAUGGACUCUCCAUCUGCUAUUUCCUUCUACUCCUCUUCCUCCCUGUCUUCUUCAUCUUCCCCCUCCGGAGUGGACAGUGCCCUCAGUGACUUUGGCUUUAUCUCAGAUAGUGAGGGGGAAUACAGGGGGCUUCGUGCGCCCAGGUCAGAGGCUGGUAGGCAGAAGGGAAGUCCGAGGCUGGGCCCUCUUCGAUGUUGCCGACACCCCCUGGGUUCCAGUGGUCAUCAGGCUCCAUCUUGCCUAGAAGGACCCGUCUCAGCUUCUCCCGUGGCCAGUUCAGGAUUGAAAAGAUCAAGAGACUGCGAGGAGGAGACCCGUCCAAACAUCCAAAACCCUGGUACAGAGGGAGAUCGGCUCUUUGCUCAAAAGUGUAAAGAGCUCCAAGGAUUCAUUCGCCCCCUCACAGACCUGUUGAAUGGGCUGAAGAUGGGCCGCUUUGAGAGAGGAUUAAGCAGUUUUCAACAGAGUGUGGCAAUGGAUAGGAUUCAGCGUAUUGUAGGUGUCCUACAGAAGCCUGAGAUGGGUGAGCGUUAUCUAGGGACCUUGCUACAAGUAGAGGGUAUGUUGAAGACCUGGUUCCCUCACAUAGCCUCCCAGAGGUCAACCCCAGAGGAUGGGAAGCACAGGCUUCGAUCCAAGCGUUUGGCCAGCAGCCAGACCUACCCAACUGGUCCUUCAGCUGAUCUCCCUAGAAAGAAGAUAAACCAGACUCCGCUAAGACAUCUGGAUCAAGGAAAAAAGCAGUUGCAUUCUCAAGAACAAGAGUCGCCCCAACUCCUUCCUGAAUGGCCAGCCAUGAACUUGACAUGGAUCCACACAGCCCCUAUUUGCAACCCACGUCUCAGUUCCUUUGGAUCAGCUGCUUUCAGCCAUGGUCUUUUGGGUCCUGGGGCCAGCUUUGGGGUUAUCCUCUUCCUUCAGCACGGAGCACAAUCGUUUACACAUUCAGCACCUGCCACUCCUGUCCCCCAUGCUACAGUGUCUCCUGUUGUCUGUGAUGGUCCUACGAAUUUCCCCGAAGAAGGGCCUCGUUGCUACAGUUUGCCAGUGUCUCUAGCAUCCACCCCAGUGACCUCAGAAUGGAGCCGUACCCUGCCCUCACCCUGCUUACCCACCAUGGCCAGAGAGAUGACAACUAGAAUGGAUGAGAAACAAGCUCUUCAUUUCUGUUGAUAGCCCAUUCUUUCCCUCCCAAAUACAGGACUCUCCUCUCUGCCCUGGUUUCUAUUUUAUGUGUGUGUUUUUUAUUUUAUUUUUUUGAAGUGUGUAUAUUUGUGCUGAGGGGAUAGAAACCCUCUCUGAUUAAAGUAAUUUUACACCUGAA